AUGGCACCAAACAAUCUACCAACGGAAGCGAGCAAUGAAACCCCCACCACCGAAGAGACGAAAUUUUUGCCCUCCCCCGAUCUUCCGCAUACGAAUCAAGAAGAGAAUGUUGAAAAAUCUAACAUGAAGGGGAGGAUUUGUGGUGGAACCUUUUUGAAAAGUCUUCAUGACAGCGACUCUGACAGUUCGGAUGGGGGCCUUUCAAAAGAGGUGGAAAUUGAUAUGCCUUUGACCUUGACGCAGGUGGUAGAAAAAGAUGGACAGGAGUAUAUACUACUAAGCUUCACCAACAACGAUACAGAAGACCCUUUCAACUGGAGUUCUGCCAGAAAAGCAUUCAUCACCGGCCUUCUCUGUCUGAUGACGCUCUCCAUUGGACUCGCAACGACGGCAUACAGCAGUGGGAUUGGAUCAAUGGUUGAGGAUCUCGGAGUCUCAAAAGAACUUGGACAAUUGGGAUUGUUUUGUUUCAACAUUGCAUGCGCCAUUGCUCCUUUAUUUCUUGCACCUUUCUGCGAACUUGUUGGUCGAAGGGUGGUAUACAUUGGAGCUUAUGCUCUAUUCAUCAUUGUCUUUAUUGGAUUGGCAUUGGGAAGGAAUAUCGAAACCAUACUCGUCAUGAGAGUAUUCCAAGGUCUGUUCGGUUGCGUUGGAACUAUCCUUGUUGGUGGAACUUUCGCGGAUAUUUACCGCCCAGACGACCGAGCGGUCCCAAUGGCUUGCUUUACCUAUGUUGCGAUCGUUGGAACGGUUGCAGCUCCUGUCUACGCAGGUUUCAUUGAUCAAGCCAUCGGCUGGAGGUGGAUAGAAGGAAUCCAAGGACUCGCCAAUGUUCCUUUACUCCUUGUAAUCAUGGUCGGACUGAAGGAAACCCGUGGCGGCGUCACACUUCAUAAACGAGCCAAGGCUCUACGAGCUGCUACUGGAGACGAUAGAUACAAGGCAGAGAUGGAUCUCGAAGCCAAAGACCUCAAGACAAUGCUUCACAACUCCUCUGUAAAGGCAGUUCAUAUGCUUGCCACCGAGCCCGUUGUCUUCGCAUUCGGUCUUUGGAUCGCCUUCGCCUGGCUCGUCACUUUCCUUUUCCUCUCGGUAAUCCCCAUCACCUUUGAAGAAAAAAGAGGAUGGAACGAGGGCGUCGCCGGUCUUCCCUAUAUCUCGCUAUGCAUCGGUACAACAAUCGGAUUCCUCGCCAAUUUCCUCCAAAUCAAGAAGUACAACCAAAUCAUGCGCGCCAGGGACCGCAGAAUCCUCCCCGAAUCACGAUUAUAUGGCGCCAUGUUCGGAGCGGGGUUCUUGCCAUUGGGACUCUUCAUCUAUAGCUUCACCCAGUACGGAUACCUCCCCUGGAUCGCGCCUACUAUCACACUGGCACCCAUUGCCAUUGGCAUAUUUUUCAUCUUCGAGAGCACGUAUAGUUUCACCUCGGAUUGCUACGGCAAGAACUCGUCGUCUGCGAUUGCGGGACAGGGACUGAUGCGGAAUACUCUUGGCGGUGUGGCGCCUCUUUUUGCGUCGCAAUUCUUUCAUAAUGUGGGGAGUCAGUGUGCGGGUCUGAUACUGGCUAUUUUUGGGACGCUGUUGAGUUUGAUUCCUAUUGUCAUGUUUAAGUAUGGGCCGGUGUUGAGGGAGCGAUCGAAGUUGGCGAAGACGCAGAUGGGUGGCGAUGAGAAGAAGAAGACGGGGCUUCAUACUGCGCCUUUUGCGUAG